UUCUGUUCCGACAGUGAGCGGGAAGUAAUCCAUUCUGCACAGUGAAACAAAAAUGCAGAAGUGUUUAUUCGGAUGCUGUUCUGUAACCUCCAUGCCUUCAGGAGAUACAGGAUGCAGGAGUUCCUUGUAAAAAGAUAUUUUUGCUUGUAAGUGAUCAGAGUCGGGAUGUUUCCAAACGUGAGUGAAGAUUGCACAGAGCUGCUGUUCCUUCGCCUGAUGAUUGUUUUCUCUGUUUGGAUCUGGAAAAAGAGAUCAUUGACUCACACCAGCAGCUCUCAGCACAGCACUGAUUCAGCCUCAGGGGGACCUCCGCCCUACCAAACCACUGAACCCCCCUUUGGAGAAGGAGGCCAUGAUGCAGCAGCCAAGGAGGACACCAGAAGUGUUGAAGUACAGGAAGAGAACAGGAGGAGUACCAGCAGCACAGGCGGUGAGGAAGAAGCAGCAGAGAAAACCGCUCCAUCCCCUGUCUCUGCUUCUGCUGGAGCCUCUGUUGUUGUGAAGGCUGAAUCUAGCAGUGUUGUUAAUGUUCUUGCGGUUAUUAACAGCACAGCCUCCGAUGUUGACUUCAGCACUGAUUGCACUCAAGCUUUGCGAACAGAAACUGAAAAGGAGAAUUUGGCAUGUUUAAAAUUGAGCAACCAAAGAUUUCUAAAGGAAUUUCUGGUGAGUCACAAAGACAACUUGAAGAAGAAAAUCAAAUACAUCGCUGAGGGCAAAGAUACAGAAACUAAAAUACUUCUGGAGACGGUCUACACACAGCUGUACAUCACUGAAGGAGAUUUCAAAGAAGUUAACAAGGAACAUGAGAUAAUGAAAAUUGAUGAAGCUUUUAGAGUGCAAAAAUCUCAAGAAAAACCAAUCAACUGCAAUGAGAUUUUCAGUCGUCUGGAGGAAAAUGAAGAAAAUAAAGUUGUGCUCACCAAAGGAAUUGCAGGAAUUGGAAAAACGGUAUCUGUGCAGAAGUUUAUUCUUGAUUGGGCUGAAGGAGAAGCUAACAAAGACAUAGACUGCAUUUUCUUCCUUCCAUUCCGAGAGAUUAAUUUGAUUAAAGUUAAAGAAUGCAGUCUUCAUGAAUUACUGCAGGAAUUUUACCCUGAACUGGAAAAACUCAGUGAAACAAAUUUGUACAAAAAUCUCAAGCUUGCAUUUGUCUUCGAUGGGCUUGAUGAGAGUCGCCCUCCUUUGGAGUUCAGUGACUGUAUGGUGAGCAGUGAACAAAAGAAAGCACCUGUGAACGCUCUCAUCACAAACAUGAUUAAAGGAAAUCUGCUUCCUUCUGCUCUGAUCUGGAUCACCUCUCGGCCAGCAGCAGCCAAUCAGAUCCCUUCUCAGCAUGUGGGCUUGUUUACCGAAGUGCGAGGAUUCACAGAUAAACAAAAGGAAGAGUAUUUUAAAAAGAGAAUACCGGAUGUGAAUUGUGCCUCUAAAAUCAUCUCACAGGUUAAGACAUCUCGGAGCCUGUAUAUCAUGUGUCACAUUCCCAUUUUCUGCUGGAUCACUGCUCGGGUCCUUCAGGAAAUGCUACAGGAAAAUACUGAUGAAGAAAUUCCCACUACGCUGACUGAAAUGUACAUCCAUUUCCUGCUUAUACAGAUACAUAGGAAAAGCCAGAAGUAUGAUGGCAAAGUAGAGCGAGAUUUGAAGAAGCUUCUGGAAAUGAACAGAGAAAUGAUCCUGAAACUGGCCAAGCUGGCAUUUGAACAGCUGAAGAAGGGUAACAUCUUGUUCUAUGAAGAUGACCUGAUGGAGUGUGGUAUUGAGGUCAGUGGAGAUUCUGAGUACACUGGCAUGUGUGCUGAGAUCUUCAAAAAAGAAUCUGUGCUUCACGAGAGGAAGGUUUACUGUUUCAUACAUUUGAGCAUUCAGGAGUUUCUGGCUGCACUCCAUGUUUUCAACUCCUACCUGAACAAAAACAUGGAGGAGUUACAGUUUUUCUUCAAUGAUCGCCCUCCUAAAGAUACUCAGCUGGAAGUUUUACUGAAGAAGGCUGUUGAUAAAGCCACAGAGUGUGAGAAUGGACAUUUGGACCUCUUUCUUCGAUUCUUGUUAGGCAUUUCACCUGAGACCAAUCAGAAACUCCUUCAAGGUGUUCUUACACACACACAGGUAACCAAAAAGAGCAUUAACAAAGUGAUCCAGUUCAUCAGGCAAAAGCAGAACAACGAUCAUGGUUUGCCCCCUGAGACAUCGAUCAAUCACUUCUUCUGUCUGAUGGAAUUGAAAGAUAGCUCCCUGUACAACCAAAUCAAGAACUAUCUGUACACAGACAAGUUUCCUGAUAGAGAGUUAUCCCCAUCAAAUUGCUCAGCUCUGGCCUACUUAAUACUAAUGUCUGAGGACAUUUUGGAAGAACUCGACCUGAAAAAAUUCAACUCGUCGAAUAAUGCCUGCAGGAGACUCAUCCCGGCUGUGAGGUGCUGCAGAAAAGCUCGCCUUGCUGGUUGUGAGCUCACGGAAAUGUGCUGGGAGACCGUGGUUUCAGCUCUAGAGGCAGAAAACUCCGUUCUGACAGAGCUGGACCUGAGCGAUAAUUACAGAGUGGAGAAGGGAGCAAAGCUGCUUUCUGAUGGACUGAGGAGUUCACACUGUAAACUGGAGGUCCUGAGGUUAGCGAGUUGCCAUUUCUCCCAGAGCAGCUGUGCUGAACUCGCUUCAGCCCUCGCAUCAGUUUCAUCUUCUCUGAGUGAACUGGACCUGAGCAACAACGACCUGCAGGACACAGGACUGGAGCAGCUCUUUGCUGGAUGCGAAAAUUCAUUCUCUAAACUGCAAAUUCUGAGGUUGAGCUGGUGUAACCUCACAGAGAAGAGCUGCUCAUUCCUGUCCUCCGUUCUCAACACUUUACGAGAGUUGGACCUGAGUAACAAUGACCUGCAGGAUUCAGGAGUGAAACUCCUUUCUGAAGGACUCAGCAAUGAACAGUGCAAACUGCAGAUACUGAGGUUGUCUGGUUGCAUAGUGACACAAGAAGGAUUUUCUUUCCUGGCAUCUGCUCUGAGUUCAAACUCGUUAUCAGUCCUGAGCGAUCUGGAUCUGAGCUACAAUAAUCCAGGAGAUGAAGGAGAAAGGCUGCUCUCUGAUCUACUGAAAAACUCAAGCUGCAAACUGGAGACACUCGUCAUGGAACCAAAAAGUGAGCAGUAUAUCAAAGCAGGGAUCAAAAAGUAUGCCUGUGAGCUCACAUUCGACCCAAACACAGCCAACAAACACCUGUGUCUGUCUGAGGUGAACAGGAAGGUCUCAUACACGGCCCAAGCCCAGCAGUACCCAGAUCACCCUGAGAGAUUUGAGAUGUACGAACAGGUUCUGUGUAACGAGAGUCUGAACCAUCGCUGUUACUGGGAAGUCUAUUGUGAAAGCUCCUCAUCAGACAUUGGCAUCACGUAUUCUAGUAUUGGGAGGAAAUCGGAAGACAUACCAGUGUUGGACAAUCAGGUGAAGCUUGGGUUAAACGAGGUCUCCUGGGUGCUCACGUGUACCAACAAACGCUACACUGUCCAGCACAGUUCAGAGGCUCUUGACAUCAACAUGCCAGCCUCAGACAGGAUAGGUGUGUAUCUGGACUGGCCUGCUGGACGACUGUCCUUUUACAGAGUUUCGCCAGAUGCGCACACACUUGCACACAUGCACACAAUCUGCACAGUGUUUAAGAACCCAGUGUAUCCGGCGUUUGGCGUGGAAAAUGGCUCUGUGACUUUGUGCCAGCUGGAUUAAAGGGCAAAAUAAAGGAGUGAAGUAUAGCGACAGUGUUAAUUUUUUUUUAAUGUACUGUGUAGCUGAUUUUUUUAAAAUGAAAGUCUGCCAUUAUUGCUGUUUACAAAUUAAAAUGAUUUGGCCAAACAUUUUUUUACAAUUGCUGUGAUGACCUGGCGACGUGUCCAGGGUGUAGUCCACCUCUCGCCCAUAGUCAGCUGGGACAGGCUCCAGCUUGCCUGUGACCCUGUACAGGAUAAGCAGUUACAGAUAAUGAAUGGAUGGAUGGAUUUUUACUGUACAAUUGUAAGAGUUUUAUACAAAUCAGAAAAAGUUGUGAUGGUGUGGAAAAUGCAAAUAAAAAAGAAAGCGGUGAUUUGUAAA